GGGGCGGACCUGGCGCCGAGUGAGCGCUCCCUCUCCUGGCGGAUCCCGGUGCUGCAGCCGGUCUGCACUGCGGAGAAAAGGCGAUGGAGAGAGUGGGCGGGUGAGGGAGGCAGCGGCAGCCGGACGGAGCCACAGAGAGAGGCGAGGCUGGGCCCAGAGCGCGGAGCCUGGGGUCACCCAGAGCAGGAGGCGGCGGUAAAUGGACUGGGCUUGGAAGGAGUCUAGAUGAGUUCUCGCUGGCUGUCCAAUGCAGUGCCUAGCAGCCCCAACACAGGACGAGGCAAACAUGAGCGGGGGAGGGGAGCAGGUCGACAUCUUGCCUGUGGCCUUUGUUGUCAAGGACCGCUGGAAAGUGCUAAAGAAGAUCGGUGGAGGAGGGUUUGGUGAGAUUUACGAGGCGACAGAUUUGUUAAUCCGGGAGAAUGUUGCCCUGAAGGUGGAGUCUGCCCAGCAACCCAAGCAGGUACUGAAGAUGGAGGUGGCUGUUCUGAAGAAGCUGCAAGGAAAGGACCACGUGUGCAGGUUCAUUGGCUGUGGGCGGAACGAGAAGUUUAAUUAUGUGGUGAUGCAACUUCAGGGCCGUAACCUGGCAGACCUGCGACGUAGCCAGCCGAGAGGCACCUUCACCAUCAGCACCACCCUCCGACUGGGCAAACAGAUCCUUCAAUCCAUCGAAGCCAUCCAUUCUGUUGGGUUUCUGCAUCGUGACAUCAAGCCGUCAAACUUUGCAAUGGGCCGUCUACCAUCGACCUAUAGGAAAUGCUACAUGUUGGACUUUGGUCUAGCACGACAGUACACCAACACGAAUGGAGAGGUGCGGCCGACUCUUCUACAAGGGGAAACAACCUCUCACAUCUGCACCCCUAAAAAGCCCCCUAAAACAAUUCGUAAAAAAUCUUUCAAUAAGGCCACCUCUCAUUCAUCUAAACUCCAAUAA